ACCACCAAUCCCUCCCUUCCACUCAACAAUCAAUCACGAUGAAAUUCCUCGCCCUCCUAACCCUCACCCUCACGACCCUCACAACCGCCACCCCCCUCCUCAUCGAAGUCACCGAAUCCGUGACCUGCACCCGCAAAACCAAAAACGGGGAUAACGUUGCCAUGCACUACCGGGGAACUCUCGCCUCGGAUGGAUCUGAGUUCGAUGCGAGCUAUAAUCGCGGUCAGCCGUUGAAGUUUAAGUUGGGGUCGGGGAGGGUUAUUAAGGGGUGGGAUCAAGGAUUACUUGACAUGUGCAUUGGGGAGAAGCGCAAGUUGACGAUUCCGCCUGAGUAUGGAUAUGGGGAUCGUGGGGUGGGACCGAUUCCCGGGGGUGCGACGUUGAUUUUUGAGACGGAGUUGGUGGGGAUUGAUGGGGUGGAUAAGGAUGAGUUGUAAUUUUGUCUUGUUCCUUGUUUGGAAUGGGAUGUGAGGGGUGGAAGAAGGACUGUAGGUCUAUGUAUGUAUCUAAGGGUAUCAUCUAUAUAGAUUACACUGGCCAUCGCAAGUCAGCCAGAAUGAAGCAAGCAGAAUGAACUCAAUCCAUCGCGUC